AAAUUUGGUUAUUGUAAGAAGUCGGUGUUACAUGCUUUGUCUCCCUGUAGUAGCGAAAGGCAAAAAUCGAUUGUCCAAAAAAAAAAACAUAAAAGCGGCGAAGACAACCACCGCAACGUUAUUGAAAGAUGGCGAAAGAUUGUUUAACCAAAGUCGUUGCCGGAGCUGCAAUCGGCGGCGCAGUUGGCGGCGCUGUAGGUGCUGUCUAUGGAACUUACGAGGCGAUUAGAUUCAAGGUCCCUGGGCUAAUGAAGAUAAGGUACAUAGGGCAGACAACCAUGGGCAGCGCAGCGAUUUUCGGACUUUUCCUAGGUGCAGGCAGUUUGAUACACUGUGGAAAAUAAGCAGCGUUAAGUGUGUGCCCUGGUGAAAGAUUUGUUACUUUUCUGAAAGACAUUGAGCUUUUUUAUUCAAUAAGUUUUUUUUUUGGGGUGAAUCAUCAUCAUCAUGUCUUGGGUUUUGAUGUUUUGUUUCUUUUGCAUGAUAUAAUCUUGUUAAUGAAAAGAUUAUGAUUUUUUUACUCUCCAAGACACUUUAUGUAUUUGAAUUUACUCUCCAAGACACAUUGCACAUGUGA